UGUCAGUGAGAUAGGGUGUGAACAUCGUCAGCUUGAAGUGUCUUCACCAUCAGAUCCGAAGAGUGCUCCAAGUAUACACUUUGCACCAAGCGAUGAGUAACGAGUCGCACCACGUCGGAUAAAGGAUAGCGAGACUUGUGAUUGGAUGAGAUGGCUGUGCUGUCAUCAGCUCAUCAGCUCAUUAGCACCAUUCUUCUGCUCCUCUUUGAGUUACAAGGCGUGUGUGGGCAGCAGGCGUUCAAGACCGAGCCGAGGAACGUGACCGUGAGGGCUGGAGCCACGGCUCUGCUGAAGUGUGAAGUGCUGAGGGCCUCGGGGACCGUGCAGUGGGUGAAGGAUGGCCUGCUUUUGGGGCCACACAGGUCUCUGCCCGGCCACCCACGCUACACCAUGACUGGUGAUGAGAACAGAGGGCAAUACCAUCUCCAGAUUGAAGACAUACGCCUGGAAGACGAUUCCCCCUACGAAUGCCAGGUGGGCCGUUCCGAAACCAGUCAUCCCAUCGUCUCACGCACUGUGUGGAUCAAUGUGCAAAUUCCUCCAUCGAAACCCUCCAUCGUCCUGUACUCGGAGCCGUGGGUGGAGGGGCAGGACUACCGGGUGACCUGCAUUGCCCCUGAUGCCAAACCGGCUGCUGAAGUCACUCUCUUUAAAGAUGGAGAGGAGCUGACAGACGCGAUGCCUUCCCCCAUGUCAGGCUCUAAAGAUAAACUCCUGAGCACUCAAACUGAUGUUAUGAUCAGACCUCAGCGUUCGGACGAUGGCCGACCCCUGCUCUGUCGAGUCAAGAACCCAGCUCUCAACCAGGCUUUGGAAACCAUGACUUUAAUGAAAGUAUACUUCCCACCUCAGGCUCCGGUGAUAGACGGAUUGAGGAGUGAAGAGGUGAAUGCUGGUUCCCAUCUCCGGCUGGUCUGUCUGUCAUACGGAGGAAACCCUUUGGCUACUCUGCACUGGAGUAAGAAUAAUGAGGAGGUGUUGACUAUCUGGGAAAUGGACACUGUCACCCGUAAGGCCAGUAGUACCCUGGUGAUGGAGGUGAAGCCAGCAGACAAUAAAGCUGUGCUGCGCUGUGAGAGUGUUAAUCAAGUGACCAAAUCUCCUAUGGCCAUCACUCGCAUCCUCACCGUCCUCUUUGAACCCUCUAAUGUGGAACUGAGUGGCUCCUCUGAAGCUGUAGAGGGAACAGAGGUGAAUAUGUGCUGCUCCACGUCCUCCAGUAAUCCACCAGUACAUAUCCGCUGGUGGCUCGGCUUCAAGGAGCUCAACACCAUCGUCAACACUAUCACUGAGGGAGAGAAUGGUGGGAUGAGGACGAUGUCUAACCUGACUCACACCGUGUCCAGGGAGGAAAACGGACUGCUGCUCACCUGUGAGGCGUUUAAUAAAGGCACACGAUUCUCCAGAAUACAAACCCAAACCCUCACUGUGUUCUAUCCUCCUCAGAAGGUUUGGUUAGACGCUCCACCAGAUGGAACUCUCCUGCGUUCAGGGACGAUCAUUCGGUUGGUGUGUUUUUCCAGCGGAGGAAACCCCACAGGCAGCUUGACGUGGUUGAAGAAUGGUAAAGUUGUGCAGGUGCCAUCGAAACACAUCCAGUCUGAGCGUGGUGUGUCAAGAGAGCUCCUUUUCACUCUCCAGCCCAGUGAUAAUUUAGCCACAUAUCGCUGCGAAGCCACCAAUGAGGCCAAGAAAGUACGAUCAGCAGAGACUAAACUUUGGGUCCAAUUUCCUGCAGUAAGUUUGAAGAUUAUGGUGAAACAGAAGGAGUUGCGUGCUGGAGAGACGAUCACGAUGGACUGUCUGGCUGGAAGCAGUAACCCUAAAGUUAACAUCAGCUGGAGUCUGGGCACCACCAGUCUUUUAGGAAAGGAGAAUGCCGCUAAGAAGUCGGUGUAUGGCGGUAUGUCAGUCAGCAGCUCUCUGUUGCUCCCUCUCUCUUCUCAUUUCCAUGGCAGCAGGAUCACCUGUCAGGCCUUCAGCGCUGCACUCUCAGGAUGGGUCAACACCUUCUACACGCUCAACGUCCUUUUCUCUCCUGAGUUUGCAGAAGACCAGGUAAAACUAGUGGAGGUGAUUAAAGAUGACGUCGCAACACUUCCUGUUAAGGUCUCAGCCAAUCCAGACAAUAUCUCCUGUGAGUGGAUCUUCCAUGGCGAGAAGGUGCUUAGAGAUCGGGAUCCUCGUUACCAUUUCCCCGAGACCUGGGGUCUGGAGAUUUGGAAUGUGACCAGGCGUGAUGCAGGUGUGUACACAGUGGAGUGUUCCAACACAGAAGGAAGCAACAGAACCAAAAUCAAACUGGAUGUCCAGUAUCCCCCCAGUGUGAAGAUGAAGACAGAUCCAGUGCAGGUGAAUGUUGGAGACACCGCAGAUCUGUUCUGCAUCGCUGACGCCAACCCUGUGACUGAUGACAUGUUUUCCUGGAAGUGGAUGGGAGAAGGUGAGCGUGAGGUGUUUGGAGAGAAGAGUCAAGACAAAUCAACUGGACUUUUGACCAUCUAUGAGGUGACCCGAGCUCAUGCAGGUCCUUACCAGUGUACUGCAAACAACGGCAUAGUGCCCUCUGCCAGCGUGGUGGGCCAGCUUGUUGUACGCUUUGCUCCAGAGCUGCAGAAGGGGGCACAGUGGAGAAAAGUGGCGAGUCGAGGAGACGGUGCUACUGACGCUGAUGUGAUUUGUCAGGCUGAAGGAGUCCCACGUGUCAAAUUCAGCUGGGCAAAGAACGGCAUACCACUGAACUUCGGCAACCCACGGUAUCUGGAGCGGACAGUGAAAGAGGGGGCUGUACACACCAGCACUCUGACUGUAGUAAAUGUGAGUGCAGCUCUGGACUAUGCUGUGUUUACCUGCACUGCCCGAAACAGCCUUGGAGAGGACACACUCGAUAUCCAGCUGCUCAGCACCAAUUACCCUGACCCUCCCUCAGACCUGAAGAUUCUUAGAGUCUCCUCAAACUCCGUUACUCUAGAGUGGAUGCCUGGCUUUGACGGAGGACUCACUCAGAAUUUCAGAGUCAGGUACCGGUGGGCGGAGUCUGCUAGUUACCUAUACGUUGAUGUUUUUCCUCCGAGAUCAACCGUGUACACAGUGACCGGCUUGAAGCCUUCCACCACGUACAACUUCUCAGUUAACGCCAUUAACUCAAUGGGAGAGAGUGGCUACGCAGACAAUGGUGCAGUACUCAUCAUCAUCACUAAGGAUCUUGAUCCUGCGCCAGACGAGCCCCAUCCCGAAGCCCCAGAGCGUAAAGAAGUCCUAGCUAUACCAGUGUUUGUCAUCCCCAUCCUUGUGGGAAUUCUGCUGCUGGUCAACGCCUUAGGCUUCUUUCUAUUGGUCAAGUGGAAGAAGGGACGGAGUCUGAAAGAGGGAGCAGGCAGCUUUUCAGAGGGCAAGAGGAGCGAUGAGGGGUCAUCGGUGAGCAGCAGAGAACCGAUCAAUGCCUCAGCACAGCGAACACUUCUCAUCAACACAAACUCGGAGCCAGAGAGCAGCAGCAGCGUCUACGAGAGCUACGGAGGGAGCUAUCACUGUUAUUACCCCAUUGAGGCCUAUAGUCCUGCUCUUUAUACCCAUCUGGAGGCACCAGAGAAGCUUGAUAGCAGACACAUUACAAACCCGAUCAGCCAUGACUAUGAGGAAGUCAAAGACUUUGGGCCAUAUCAGGAUCUAUUUGGGUCAAAUCUCCCAGCUCUGAAUUUUGGAGUUGAUGGAGCAGGUCAAAUUCCAGCAUCCACUUAUGAGCAGAGUAGAUGGUUUGGUGUAGCAGAGUUGGACACAGCAAGUGGAGUUAACAGUUCAGUCACUUACAGACACAGAAAGAACCCAGGCUUGCCCUUUGAACUGAGGGGUGAGCUGGUUUAAGAGCUCCCAUUAUCUUAGAAAACUCUCUAAUAGGUCUGUAUUCUCUGUAUAACUCAAAGCAUUCAUCAUUACUAUAUUUCUUUUACUUUUUUAUAUUCAUUCAAUCUGUUUUUAAGUUUAUGUUAUAGAGACAAAGCUAUCAUUUUUAGUAAUUUCAGGAAUAUACAUAUAGUGAUGUGAUCUUAAAAUUGAAUUUUGUUUUUUUUUUGUUGUUUUUGUUUUCUUUUUGGUGAUAGGGCACUGUCUGGAAGCUAAAUAGUACACAUAGAAGUUUCUUACUUUGACUUCUGUAGUCAUAUUAUUGUCUGGGAAAUCUGAGAGGAUAGCCUGCUACAAAAUCUAUGUCGAGGGUGAAGACUUCGGGGCCAAACUGCGUGAUUCCUGGAAGUAAACAAUGCAGUCAUUACUAUACCCUUAUCUUAUUUCCUUAUCUUUUCACAUGACCUAUUGGAAAGUAUCCUUCAUACCAAACUGGUUAUGUAAUAUAUUUGAAGGAAAUUACAUUUAAAAAAAAAUAAUAGCUGAAUAUCAUAAAAUUAAAAGGCAAUGAAAAAAAGAUAAUGGUAUUAAAAGCAUUAAAACAAACUUUUUUUUUCAAUUUCUGGUCAUUGUUAUGUAUUCAUUUGCAAAUUAUAAAAAAAAAAAUCUUUCUAAAAGUGUACGUAGUAAUUGUAGUUAUUACACCAUAUCAUAAAAUUCUAACAUUUCUAACAUUUGUGUAUUGUGCUAUGAUGAUCAGU